AUGGGGAACACCGUGGGCGUUGAAUGCUCCUACAACCACGUCCGCCUGACGAGCAUCAUGGUGAAGGGGAAAAUGAGGAGCAACCACGAGGAGGAAAUGAACGGUGGAAUCGGUGCAGACGCGAGGAGAGACGUUUGCCAGUUGAGUAAACGCCAUCCGCCCCAGGUGGGAACGAAGGAACAAAUUAUUUCGCACAAAACGGUCCAUAACUGCAUCUCCGGUGAGGGGUCCCAAUGUAAAUCGGACCCACCUACCCCAAAUGGGGAGUACCUCCAAAUGCAGAAGGAUAUAUAUGCGUAUAUGCUAACCAUACGACACCUCAUUGUGGGCCACGUCCACCUGGUUGUGCUGUGCCAGGAUAAAGAAAAAAACGAACACCUCCAGAUUUUGCCCUCAAAAAUGGGUACCCACUUGGAGGAACCAUUCUCCCCAUAUGACCAUUUCGUGGAGGCCCAAUCGGGGGAAGCGAAAAAGAACAACAGGAAAGACCCUCUUCCGGAUGACCAAAUUGCCCAAAUUUAUUUCAUCACCAUACGGAUGAGCAGCUUAGACGAGGCUCUGGCGAACUGCCCACAGAAGAUGGUCUCAAGCACGAUUGUAAACCUCACCGGGAAGAGGAGCACCUACCUUAGGAAAAAAAUUUUAAAAUUAAAAAAAAUGAACAACCUCUCCUACCACGAAGAAGUAAAGUGCAUCAACAGCGCACUCGUUUUUUUGGCAAAAUAUUAUCCCCGCAGUUUUUACAAAUUUGAACGGGAGGAGAGUACACAUGGGGAUAGUAGCAACAUGGGGGAUGGGGAAAAUAAAAAUCGGCUACGAGAAAAAUUCCUCAUCCAAAUGGGAGAAGCUCAUGAAAAGUACCCCUACCUCCUCGUCAGUGUAAAAAGAGGAAUCACCUACCAUUUGGUCAGCACCAAUAAUGUUGUCACGCGAGUUGGCUCAUGUUUCGUUUCGUAUAAAAGUGUUGUUGGCUUGUUCUUUUUAAUAACGGGGAAGGUCACCUCCAUAGAAAGAAUCUGCCAGCUAGCCAAACGGGGGGACAACAAAACGUUCGAUAUGUCCGUUGGGGACAUUUAUGGAACAUCUUACGGCAACGCUGGGUUGAGCAGUGAUUUGACUGCCUCGUUCUUUGGCAACGCGCAGCACAUGGCUGACGUUAAGGGGUUGUUUGGACGCCCGCCGGGGAAAGGGGGUGCCUCCGACAGUGGCUCCGAUAGUCACUCCGAGAGUCACUCCGACAGUCACCUCGACUGCUAUUGCGAUUGUGACUGCUGGGCAGAUGACCCGCUGGAGACCCCCCACUGUGCCUGCCCCUGCACAGCGCAGAAGGCGCGCACUGCGUGCAGUCCCCCCGUUUUCCACUCCCACAGCGAUGAGGAUCUUCCCCACGAGGGAGGCCUAACUACGCGGAAGACACAAAAUUGGGAGGAAAAACAUAUCCUCAUGGUGAGCAGGAAAUGCCAAAGUGACACCGAAAUGGAGACAAACAUCUACUCAGAAGUAGGCUGCUGUGGAGGACGCACAAAAUGUGAGCAUCUUCUGUUCGAUGGCAAAUUUCGCAAAAGCACCAGUGGGAAGAAAAAAAAAUCCUCAAAAUGUUAUGAACAAGUCAGGCGGGAAAAUGUCAACCUUGGAAAUGACUGUGCAGAAGGUAACCCUGGCCAGAUUGACCAAUCCCAUCUUAACAAGAACAAGGGGGAUGAUUACCAACAGGUGCAGACGAACCUUCCGGAGGAAGAAGAAAAACCCAACAAAUACGAAUGCGACCUAUCCAAGUCGCUACUCUCGAUCGUAAUUUUUAACACAGCCCAACAGGCGUACAUUCACAGCCAACUGUACAAUGUUAAAAAUGUUUUUUUUUCGGGGUACCUCCUCGACCAUUCGACCUGCGUAGGACUCAUGAAAGUCAUUGUAAAUUUUAUGUACCAUAAUGUGCAGCAGCUCCAUUUUUGCACGCUCUCUUCGUACAUGAGCAGCUUCGGCUGCGCCCUGCAGGGCCUGCGCUGGGGGGAGGAGGGGCAGACCGUCCCUUUUUGCUAAUUCGGUGACCGCCUUGGGAAAAUUCACCCAGGGGUGUUUUUUUCCUCCGCAUUGUUAAGAUGUGUUAUUAGCCCGCAUGUUAACCUGCAUUGUUAAGAUGUGUUAUUAGCCCGCAUGUUAACCUGCAUUGUUAAUCUGCACUGUUAACCUGUAUGUUAAUCUGCACUGUUAACCUGUAUGUUAAUCUGCACUGUUAAUCCGCCUUACCUGUCCAUCGUUUUCUCCCUUUUUGCGACCGCCGCGACGCACCCUCGCAUGUGCUGCACAUAUUCGGGCAUUUUUUCCUACUAGCGAAGUGACCCCCCCUUUUUCCGAAAUUUCACGCAAAAUCGUGUUAACCCAAUUUUAUCAAAAAAAAUUGCCUGAACAGGUCAGGCUAUAUU